AUGCGGACUUUAGUUUUAGGACGAACUGUUUAUAUACAUACUGAUCAUUGUCCCAUAUGUGGUAUGUUACGAAAACCAGUGAACAAUCGACGCAUUGAACGUGUGGCCAAUUUAAUUCAAGAAUAUCGUAUUGCCGAAAUGAAACAUAUCAAUGGUAAAAGUAAUUGUCUUGCUGAUUAUCUUUCUAGGCCUUCUGAUGAUCCACUUUUUGAUGUUGAUUAUGGUCUUGAAAGCAAACUUCCAUGCUCAACCUCAUCAAAUUUACCCAAUCCUUGUCAACCUUCGAAGAACAUUCUUGCCUACAUGACACUUCGCCCUCGACAAAAAAUUCCUGCACUAGGUGUAUCC